AUGGCUGAUGAUGUUGUUUAUAGUAUGGAGAACAUGAAGCUGACUACGGAAGAGGAGGAAGUGAUUACCAUCUCUGAUGAAGGACGAUUGGAAGCCAUUGAGGAUUGCACUUUAAGUUUGAUGGGCAAGUUUUUGACGUGCAAAUCCUUUAACAAGAGAGCAGCCAAGAAUACUAUGAGACGGGCUUGGGGUUUAGAGAAUAGCCUACAUACCACAGAGGUAGGGCCGAAUCUUUUUCAGUUUAAAUUCACAUCUGAAUUUGAUCUGAGCAGAAUUUUACGAGGUGGUCCGUGGACCUUUGAUAAUCAAUUAUUACUACUAAAGCGAUGGAGGAAAGGGAUGACUGUUGAGAAUAUUAGAAUGGAGACGGCCACUCUCUGGGUUCAGAUCUGGGGGCACCGUUGGACAUGUUUACUCCGCAAGUUGCUAAGGAAGUCGGAAAUAGACUUGGGGCUGUUGAGGAAGUAG